GAGCUGCAGCGGCCAGAGAGCAUCGCGUUACAUGGCGCCUGCACCAAGGCUACCGAGACGUACGUGCUGCACCUGUGCGAUGCUGUGGAGGGAUUCCAGAAGUUGCAAGAGGGUAGAACGGUCGCGGCCGGAGGCGCCGUUGACGAGGGCGUGCUGCCCGACUUCGUCCAGGUGCGCGUCGAGGAGCUGUGCGGCAGGAUCUCGGACCUGCUCGCGCGGAGGUUCCCGCCCACCCGGGUCCUGGUCUCCUGCGUCCACCUCGUGCGCGACUCCCUCCGGCGCCUUCACGCG